UAUUAAUUUAACGAUGAAACUUUUUUAUUUGUGUUCUUUUUUCAAACGGAUCUUUUAUUAGUGUAUUUGCGACAUUAUUUUAUUUAAAAUAAGAUCGUAUAUGAUGUAGUUUAAAUUACGUUCACACGCAUGUGACGGAUGAAAGAACAUAAGUUAAGUUCGCUAAAUAAGCACAUAUGCCGUAAAUUAUAUCGUGUUUGAUUUUGUUUCAACCAGAAAAGCUCCGUAAUUACUUUGGUAAAAGUUUUAUUCAACAAAAAUUAACUCCAUUCAACGUUAGUAUUGCUUCACCGAUUUUCUGAUCUAGCCGAUUUUCAGGCCAUUUUUUCCUCCACUCGCACUGUUCUUUUCUACGUCUAGUGGGAGCUACCCUUGGUAAUCCCUUGCGUAACAAAGACGAUAUUACAGCUGCUCUGCAGAAACAGCGGCGAAAUAUCCUUUUACGCAAGACUUUCACAAAUAUCUACGUAUGAAGCAUACUAUAAUCUGUUAAACAUGAGUGCACAAUGUAUUCGAUCAAUGUAUGCGAAUAAAUAAGUCAAUUUAGAGCAAUUUCGAGAUCACGCAAUUACGAUCACAGUCUCUGCUUGCGUUGAAUAUAAUCUAUUGCAUCCAUCAUAAGUUGGACGUUAUAGUUUUCCCACAUUAUUUAAAAGAAAGGGUAUUUCCUUGCUAUAAGAAAAUAGAUCUUCCUUCUUUGCGUUUACUUACAUACCGUUGCAACCCUAGUCGGAUAAUUUGCAAUGAAAGUUGAAUAUUCUUUGAAAACACAGACCAAUUUUCGAAACGGAUGAUGCCGAACAAAAGAAAACACGGUAUUACACGCGUAGAAGCGUGGAAAUAAAGUAUUUAUCUAUGAAGUAACCAUCACCACUUGAAUACUCUUGGAAAUGUGCAGUGGAAGUAGAAAUGGUAAUCGACUGGGCAGCGCACAUAAUUGAGCGAUUAUAGCAGAAUAAAAGAUGAACCGAAAAAUAGAGAUACUAUUUGUUAGUAUGUUGGAAGAAGGAAAGGGAACGUAUUCACGAUUGCGCGCAGUUAUUUGUCGAUCCUCAUUUUGCAAGGAUGAAAGAGUCGUCGGAUGAAGAUUUCGCUUACGCGAUGACCCCGUUGAAGAUCAUGUCGUGGCCUGUAGGAACCUGGCCUCUUCAAGUGUACGAUAUCUUCUCCGCUAUACGUGCCAUAAUCACGAUUUUACUUCUGCUACUCAUGCUCAUCAUCGUACAAAUGGAGUUGUAUUUAGACAGUAGCGACGCCAAGAAGAAUCUAGACGCUCUACUAUUAAUUACCUGCGGCAUUUUGGCGUUAUCAAAGAUCAUACGUUUUCGUAUUCAGCCUGAUGGCCUUGUUUCCAAUUUUAUCUCGGCGAUUAGAGAUUAUAACGAACUGAAAGACCAAGAGAAACGAGUGAUAAUGCGAAGACACGCUUAUAUGGGUAGACUGGUGUCUGCUAGUGUGAUAUUUUCUUCGUGCAUCGGUUCGACUCUUUACUUGACUAUCCCUAUACUGGCUGGAAAUGAAGAAAAAGAUAUAGUUAACGUAACGAAAGAAAGUAUAAUGGAUUAUCCUAUACCUUCCGAAUGUGUAAUGGGCGUUAUACAAUUGCCGGAUAAUUUGUUCUUUAUGGUUUUUAUCAUAGAGUACUUGAUGCUGUUAUUCACGAGCACUGGAAAUCUAGGAAGCGAUACGUUGUUCUUCGGUAUUAUUUUUCAUCUGUGCGGUCAGGUAGAAAUUCUGAGAUUAGAGUUCAAUAGACUAGGUAACAAGAACGAAAGAACAAUGGAACGUUUCAUCGUGUUAAUCAAGAGGCACAUUUACUUAUUGAACCUAACCCACAUGCUGAACGAGACAAUUAGCUCUAUCUUGGUUAUGCAACUACUCUCGAGCUGUGUGCUUAUUUGUACAACCGGAUUUCAACUUAUUCUCGAUCUGAGCAUCGGAAACAUAGUCAUGAUGAUAAAAGGAUUUAUAGUUCUCAACGCUAUGUUGGUGCAACUAUUUGCAUACAGUUAUGUGGGCGAUUAUUUAACACGCCAAAUGAAAGGUAUCAGCGACUCGGUGUAUUUUUGCAACUGGUACGAUAUAUCGAAAAGUAUGGCGAAAGAUAUUAUUUACGUUAUUAUGAGAGCUCAAUAUCCAGUGUUCUUGAAGGCUGGCAAUUUCUUUAUCGUCAAUAUGGAAACGUAUAUGAGUAUUCUGAAAACUUCUAUGUCAUAUCUUUCAGUCCUUCGAGUAAUGUCGUUUUCGAGGAUGAAGGAGUCGUCGAGGAAAGACUUCGCUUACGCGAUGACACCGAUGAAGAUCGUAUCGUGGCCUGUUGGUACCUGGCCUCUUCAAAAUUACGGUUUUUUUUCCGCUAUGCGUGGCAUCAUUGUGAUCUCUCUUGUGUUGCUAAUGCUAGCGAUCUUGCAAAUGGAAAUGUACUUAGACAGCGGCGACGCCGGUAAAAACGUGGACGCUUUGAUAUUAAUAACAAGCGGCGUUGUGGCUUUGUCAAAAAUUAUAUGGUUUCGUAUUCGACCUGCUGGCCUUAUUUCCAAUUUUACCUCCGCGGUUAAGGAUUAUGAAGAAUUGGAGGGUCAGGACAAACGAUUGAUAGUACGAAGACAUGCUUAUAUAGGCAGAGUAGCAUCUGCCACUGUGAUAUUUUCUUCGUACAUCGGCUCCACUCUUUACAUGACUAUUCCUAUGCUGGCUGGAAAUGAAGAAAAACAUAUAGUUAACGUAACAGAAGAAAGUACAACGGACUACCCUAUACCUUCCGAAUAUGUAAUGGCCGUUAUACAAUUGCCGGAUAAUUUGUACUUUAUGGUUUUUAUCAUAGAGUACUUGAUGCUGUUAUUCACGAGCACUGGAAAUCUAGGAAGCGAUUCGUUGCUCUUCGGUAUCAUUUUUCAUCUGUGCGGCCAAGUAGAAAUUUUGAAGCUGGAAUUCAAUAAACUGGCCAAUGAAAAUGAAAGAAUAAUGGAACGUUUUAUCGUAUUAAUCAAGAGGCAUGUUUACUUACUGAACCUGGCCAAGAUGCUGAACGAGACGAUCAGCUCUGUCUUGGUCGUGCAACUAUUCACGAGUUGUAUACUUAUUUGUACAACGGGAUUUCAAUUUAUUCUCGAUCUGAGCGUUGGGAACAUCGUCAUGGCGAUGAAAACAUUUAUAGUAAUGAGCUGUCUGUUGGUUCAAUUGUUUGCAUACAGUUACGUGGGUGAAUAUUUAAAGCGUCAAAUGGAGAGCGUCGGCGACUCUGUGUACUUCUGCAGCUGGUAUCAUAUACCGAAAAAUGUGGCAAAAGGUAUUGUUUUUGUCAUUAUGAAAAGCCAAGAUCCAGUUUCCUUGAAAGCUGGGAAAUUCUUUAUCGUCAAUAUGGAAACGUACAUGAAUAUUCUGAAAACAUCGAUGUCGUAUCUUUCAGUUCUUCGAGUAAUGGUAAAUCCUUGAAAUGUUAAUAUAAUAAAGCAGAAUAAAAUAUUAAAUAUUAUACUUUCAGUGAUUCAA